AUGGCUGCCCUCUCACUGUUUGUGAUUGGCUCAGACACAUGCCCAGGGCUGAUGCCUAAGACCGCCCGCAGGAAGGAGGUGUUCAUCCAGGAGCAGUACGGCUGUGUGAGCCUGACGGACCCUUUCCUAGCCCUGCAGCGGGAUGAAGAAGCACGGGGAGGAGCCCAGACGGAGCGACCGGCACUGUGUCUCAGUCCAAUGGCUGUGUUGGAGAGCCUGAUGGGUCAGUGCCGUCGCAUGCGGGAGAACAUGGGAGCCCAGCUGGCUGCUGCCGAAAGCCGCGAGAGGAAGCUGCAGGAGGAGAAGCAGCAGCUGCAGAGCCUAGAGCAGGAGCACAGAAAGCUGUCUGCGCAGCUGAAGGAGGAGCGUGAGAAGAACAAGCUGGUGGUCCUGACACUGGUGCGCGAGUACCGACAUCUGGCCGCCCGCACUGCUGAGGAUGCCCAUCGCCAUGACGACAUGUCCACGUGCCUCCAGGAGGAGCUCAGCGCCGAGCGGCUCAGGGUACAGCGGAUGGAGGCCAGGAUGGAGGAGCAGCUCUCGGAGAUGGACACGGAGCGCGGGCAGCUGCAGGCACGGCUGGCCAGAGAGGAGGAGCAUAACGCCCAGCUACACUCGGAGAAUAGUGCUCUCAGCAGACAGCUGGAGCAUCUGGGCGUGGGCAGGGAGCCCAAGGCCUAUGCCUCUGUUGCUGUGGGAACAGACGUGGAGGACCGCAAGGCCGCCUCUUGCCAGACGGAGCCAGUGCCGGCAGAAGCGAGCAUGGCAGCAUCCAAGACAGCACCCCUGGCUACAGCCGCCAAGCCCCCUGGUUCAGGCUAUGCGGGCCUAAGUCUCCAGAAGUCACACAGCACACAGCGCCCCCUGCUGGCUGAGAACGGCCCAUGCGGGAGCGAUGCCCAGUCCAGCUCACCCCCCACGCAGCCCGUGGGUGUCGGCUCCCGCAUCCAGGCCACCCGCUAUAAGUUCCAGGCGUCCCCAUUGGAGCCGGACCAAAAUGGCGCCACCCCAAGCAGCCCCCCAUCCCGGGACCUGUCCCCCAGCAGCCGGGACAGCCUUGCCGCCAAGCAGCAGGCCCGAAACACUGUCACUCAGGUUCUAUCCCGGUUCACUAGCCCCCCCACCACCAGUGCCGUGCGGCCUGGUCUUCCCCACUCCACCUCAGAGGGGGGGCCCUUCCCGGGCCGGCUAGGCCACCACCAAAUUGGCACUAAGACCCCCCGAGGGACCCCGCCCCCCAUCCCCCCUAAAAAGCCAGGCCUGUCUCAGACCCCCUCACCCACUCAGCCAUGUGUUAAGCUGGGGCCCGAGGCCAGCCGAUCCCCCGCUAUGGGAGGCCCCCUCAGAGCCGCCACCCCACAGCUGGCCCCUAAGCCUGCUCUCGAGCUGGGGGGCCCCGUUCCAGCCCUGACCACAUCUCAGGUGGGUGCCUGCCCCCCCCAGCCACGGGGGCCGCACCAGGGAGCAUGUGCAGAGUGUCCCCCCGUCGGCGCGGUGGCUCCCAGUAGCUCCUCCUCCAUAAAGCCCAUUAGUGCCUCAUCCUGUAGACCGUGUGAGACAGAGCGCCCCCUGGCAGCAGCCUCAGGCUGGCGUCUCCCCGUAGCCCCCCUGCCGACUUAUGGUGGCCCCUCACCCCUGGACAAUGGGCUCACCCUUCUUCUGCAAGCUGCUAUCCAGGGAAACGUCACUCUACUGUCAACACUGCUAAACCAAGACCCAAACGAUGAAGACGGGAGAUCUGCCUUGUUCUCUGCUGCCCAAAGCGGUCAUGCUGACUGUGUCGAUCUGCUGCUCAAAGCAGGGGUCCCUACAGAUGUUCCCCAUAACAACGGAUUUACCCCAUUACACGCGGCCGCCUCCAAUGGCCACACCAGGUGUGUGGAGCUGCUGGUUCCCCAUGUUGACAUAAACCGGGCCGCAGCAAGUGGGCAGACACCCCUGUUUCUGGCCUGCAGGGCUGGAAAUGGCGAUUGUGUGCGGGCUCUGCUGGAUGCCGGAGCCGACUAUACAGCAGUGACUGAGGAUGGCUGCACCAUGCUGCAUGCGGCAGUCAGCUUGGGGCACGUGGGCGUCCUGGAGCUCUUGAUGCAGCACCCAGCCCCUGGCACCACCCCACCUGCUGCCCUGCUCAACCACACGGACCGGGAUGGCUGGACUGCGGCCCACAUCGCUGCAUCCAAAGGUUUCAAGGUGUGCAGCUGUGUUGAGAGUCAAGAUGCCAGUGCCUCUAUAGCUGCAGGUGUUCUGAGCUCGAGAUUACCGGUCAGGGCCGUGACCCACUCCAGACCCCUGCUCCUGUCUACAGGGUCUUACAAAGUCCUGGUUCAGGUCCAGCAGGGCUGGGAAGAGCAGCUCUGCAUGCUAGAGGACGCCGACAGCGGCCCCACACUGGGCAUCCUCACAGUGAACCGGCACACCAGCUGGGCGGAAUUCUCGGGAAGUCUAACGCGGACCGUGACGGCACACCUACGUGUGCUAUGCGGUGGCUGGGAGCUGCCGGAGGAAGAUAGCAGUGCAGAGCGCACCCUGGGCCUCAGCUUGGACAGCAUCCACUCGGUGCUCGUAGGUGAAGCCAUCUGGUUCCUGGGUCAGGAGCUCCCUCAGUCUCCCUGGGACCUGGUCCGAAAGCCACACAGUCAGCGAGCCACCAUCAGAUGGAAAGGGCUCUCAGAGUCGUGUCUGGACGAGCUGACAUACGAGUCGUUGAUCCCCCAGAACCUGCUGCAGAACUUCGUCAGGCUGGUGGAGCAGUACGGGACCGUCAUCUUUCACGGGUCCGAGGGCAGCUGUCAGGACUAUGUGGCCCAACUGGUUGCCCUCUGUGUGAAGAGCAAGCAGGAGGCAGCAGGGAUGACUUGCAGCCUCGUCCCAGUGCAUGUGGACCAGAAUCUGACCAGGGAGCAGCUUCUGCAGACCUUCCUCAGUUGUGGCUUCCUGGUCCCGAACGGCGAACCUGGCCCUGGCCACUGCAUUCUGGUUCUGCUGGAAGGUCUGGAGCGGGCUGGCUCUUUGUGGGAACUACUGGGUGACCUAUGUGAAGGCCUGGGGAACCGGGGACAUGCCUACCCAAUGACCCUGUCUCAUGCUCCAGAUGGCCAGUACCACUUCCUGGAAGGAAGCUUCCUGAUUGGUACGCUGUCUAAGCCCCGCCUCCAUGGACCUGAGUUGCUCCUGCAGCAGCACUUCCGCUGGGUGCAGCUGCGUUGGGACUCUGAGCCGCUCUGCGGCCUUCUGGGCCGUCACCUGCGCAGGAAGCUCCUGCACAAGCUGCAGGGCAAUGUUCUGCCACCGUCCGACUCAUUGUGGAGGAGUCUGGCCUGGAUCUGCUCUGUGUGGCAGCACCUGAAUGGCUGUCUGGCCCGGCUGGGGACCCCCGAGGCUCUCAUAGGACCACACAUGUUCUUCUCCUGUCCUGUGGUGCUGAAGGAAACAUCUGCCAUUAUUGGGUGGUUGUCCAGGCUGUGGAACGUGGUUAUCGUCCCCCGCGUGGAAGACACCAUCGUCUCCAGGGUGACCGUGAGCAGAUCCCCACAGCGCCAUCUGCCACGCAGUCCCAAGCUGAGUCCAGGCCAGCAGGCUGUGGUUAAGGCUGCCCUCAGCAUCUUGGUCAACAAGGCCGUCCUCCAGUCCUGCCCACUGCCCAGGACAGAAAUUGAUAAGUACUUGCCUGCCUUCCACGGGGGGGAUGGUGUCUCACUGCUGCUGCCACACGGCCCCCUCAGCGGCAGGGCACGCAGGGACCCAGAUGGCCCAGCCUGGAGGAAGGUCCGCACCGGCCCACGCAGAAGAGGAGGAUCCUGGAGGAGCAACACAACUGUCCGAGAUGGUCCCAUGUGUGGCUCAGAUGUCUGCUUGGGCAGGAUGAGCAGGGGCUUAGAUGGGCCAGUACUGCUCUGCAUGGAUUCUGAUGAUGAGUCUGACCUGAUGCAGGAGCUGCGCUCUCUGUGCUCUAGCCGGUCUGAGCCAGACAUUCGCAAGAUAACUCGCUCCAGAGAUGAUUUCAUCAUGUUUCCUGUUGGACAAACGAAAAAGGAGAAAGCCAUCCAGACUCAGAGCCAGCGGGCUGGCAGGUCUCACCCAGACAGAACCACCUCCAGCAAACCCGCCUCCAGUGAGAGUCGCAUGACGAGGCCCAAAUCCCAGCUGCCCGUUCCCGGCAGCAGAGGUUCACAGCGGACACAGGGCGUCCCCAGGACACAGGGCGUCCCCAGGACACAGGGCGUCCCCCGAGCCAGCAGCAGAAUGAGGCAGAUACCAACCAGCAAUGGCAAUGACCGAUCAAAUGAGGAGAUAUGGAUCCUGCAUGAAAACGCCGACAGUGGCACCUAGACCCCCAGCGUGUUUAGCCUGUACAGAAGCACAGCUGUGCUGUCUCUGUUCUAUAACUAUCAUUGUGCAGUAUUGUUGCUUUAUGUACUCGGGGACCAUAACUCGCUCAAACGUCAGGGUACUUGGCUUUUGUAAAUGAAACACUUUGGCUGUUUGGGUAAAAUGCUUUCCGGUGAUACCAGAGUGGCCUUUAAAUCAUGUUUCACUGUUCCAAUGUGAUUAGUUAAUGAGCUCAGUGGGGCAGGGUUUCACCGACUAUAGCCAAAUUAGCAAAUAGGGACUUUUUACUAUAGUGUCCAUGGUAUUAUUUGUACAGGGAAAAAAAAAAAUCAUUAUUUUGUAAAAUAAAUUCACUUGUUUCAAAGUGAAAAGGAUGUGGUAAAACUGCAAAUACCGGAACACUUUCAGCAGUGAGCCUUUUGUAAAAGAAACUAAAAUAUUCACACAGAGAUACACUUUGCCUGGGUAAAUCGAAAAUACGUCUGGCUGGGGCAUAUUGCAUUGAAGUGUAUUUUAUAUAUGGAAAUUUCACUCUUUUUUUUUUUGGCUUGUAUUGUGUUGAAAUUUUGUCACCUAACAUGUAAAUAAAUGUGCUGGUGAAGUGUAACAACUAAAAUCUAA